AUGGCAGCUUCCUCACGGGCACUUCGGUGUCUCUCGUCCGUUCGAACAGCCAGUCCGUCUUUGGGUCCCUCCGCACUUCCAAUUGCCUAUCGCACCUAUGCCACAACCGAUGCCUCGUCCGCCACCUCAAGUUCGCCCGAUGGGUUGACACGGCGGCGAGCCACGACGUUCAAGGACAAGCUCAAUGCCGGUCCUUCCUUUUCCGAUUUUGUGUCUGGAGGCAAGGAGGAGCCGCUUGACGCCGCUGAAGCGUAUGAGCUCAAAACAGCCAUGACACCGAUUCCCGACUCUAAGAACUAUCAACGAUUGAAGAAGGACUUGCGUGGUCUGAAUCUACAUACAGUGUGCGAGGAGGCUCGUUGUCCCAACAUUUCCGACUGCUGGGGCGGCAGUGACAAGUCCGCGGCGACAGCAACGAUCAUGCUUAUGGGUGACACCUGUACCCGUGGCUGCCGCUUCUGCAGCGUGAAGACCAGCCGAAGCCCAGCGCCUCUUGACCCUCACGAACCCGAAAACACUGCCGAAGCGAUUUCCCGCUGGGGACUGGGUUAUGUGGUCCUGACCAGUGUCGACCGAGAUGACCUGGCAGAUGGCGGCGCUCGCCACUUUGCCGAGACCGUGAUCAAGAUCAAGCAAAAGGCCCCCAAUAUCCUUGUGGAGUGCUUGACGGGUGACUACUGGGGUAACAUGGACAUGGUCGCUUUGGUUGCGCAAUCCGGCUUGGACGUCUACGCUCACAAUGUCGAGACCGUGGAGGCUCUCACACCACACAUCCGAGACCGCCGAGCCACCUUCCAGCAGUCUAUCCAAGUCUUGGAUGCCGCCAAGCAAGCUCGUCCGGAUCUCAUCACCAAGACCUCGCUCAUGCUCGGCUUUGGUGAGACCGAUGAGCAAAUCGAGGAUGCACUGCGCCAGUUGCGCGCCGUCAAGGUUGAUGUCGUUACUUUUGGUCAAUACAUGCGUCCAAGCAAGCGUCACAUGGCGGUCCACGAGUACGUCACCCCUGAUCGAUUUGAGUACUGGCGUAAGCGAGCACUUGAGAUGGGCUUCCUGUAUUGCGCAUCUGGUCCUUUGGUACGCAGCAGCUACAAGGCAGGCGAGGCUUUCAUUGAAAAUGUUCUCAAAAAGCGCCGCGCUGCUUCUGGCGGUGUCACACCCGCCGUGGAGCAAACCUCUCCUUCAUUGGACAAGACUGCUGCCUGA